AUGCCGCCACCCAACGGUGCGGAUAACGUGGUAACCGCGUUGGACAGGACCGUGCAUGCUCGCCAGAGAAGGUUACUGGCACCUGCAUUCUCGGAACGGGCGCUCCAUGAUCAGGAAAGCCUGAUCAUGGGCUAUGUGGAUACCCUCAUUACCAAACUGCGAGCGCAAAUCCAGGAGAAGUCCCAUGUUGUGGACAUCAAGGAUUGGAUGAAUUAUACGCUUUUUGAUAUCACCGGCGACCUGAUGUUUGGCGAGUCCUUUGACUGUUUGCGGGACUCGCAGUUACAUUCUUGGGUCAGCUUGACGUUCAAGUCCAUUCAAUUUUUGUCCUUUGAGGCAGCGGCGCGACAAUUUCCGCUCUUCCAUAAGUUGCUCUCUGCGUUGAUUACGAGGCGAUUGGAGCAAAAGUCCAUUGAUCACUUUAAUCUGGCAGCUCGUCGAGUGGACCGUCGCCUCGAGGCCAAUCAUCAGCGACCGGAUUUUAUCUCUGCUGCACUGCAGCAUGGACUCGGGGAGGACGGCGAGAAAGAUGGAAAAGGAUCGAAGGCCAUGGCGCGAGCAGAGCUUCACUCUAACGCAUUUAUUUUGAUCAUUGCCGGGAGCGAAACAAGCGCAACUCUCCUUUCUGGCUGUAUCUUCUACCUUUGUUCGAACCUAGAGGCCAUGCGCCGUGUUGUGAGCGAAGUUCGGUCAUCUUUUGCUUCUGCUGACGAGAUCACGUUCUCAAGUACUGCUCAACUGCCUUAUCUGGCUGCGGUUGUUGAAGAGUCGCUCCGGAUGUAUCCUCCUCUGGCAACUACUUCUUACCGCAGAGUGCCGGCAGGCGGCGUAGAGAUCGAUGGGGAAUUUGUCCCCGGUGGAGCCAGGGUUGGGUGUCAUCACUACGCCUCGUAUCGGUCUCCAAGCAACUUUGCGCUGCCUCAUCAAUUCAUCCCGGAGCGCUGGCUGGGGACAGACCCCCGCUUUGCCAACGACAAUCGGGAUGUCCUCCAGCCUUUUAGUCUUGGACCGAGAGGCUGCAUUGGAAAGACUCUCGCUUAUUGUGAGAUGCGAUCCAUUCUCUGUAAAUUGUUCUACAACUUUGAUAUCACGCUUUGUCCUGAGAGUACAAAUUGGAUCGACCAGCGAUCCUUUUUCGUUUGGGACAAGCCACGUCUGGCGGUCACAUUGCGGGACCGCUUUGAGGCUGAUAUCGAAAAGAGUUUCUGA